CAGAUUUGUUCUAUGGCCUCGGAGUUGGGUGCCGGGGACGAUGGCAGCAGCACUGAGCUGGCAAAGCCCCUCUAUCUUCAGUACCUGGAGAGAGCCCUCCGAUUGGAUCAUUUCCUGCGACAAACAUCCGCCAUCUUCAAUAGGAAUAUUUCUAGUGAUGACAGUGAAGAUGGGUUGGAUGACAAUAAUCCCUUAUUGCCCCAGUCUGGGGAUCCCUUAAUACAAGUAAAAGAAGAACCCCCUAAUUCACUGCUUGGUGAAACUUCUGGAGCAAGCAAUUCUGGAAUGCUAACCCCGUACUCACUUAAUGGAGUUCUGCAGUCAGAAUCAAAAUCUGACAGGGGGAAUUUAUAUAACUUUUCCAAGUUGAAGAAAAGCAGAAAGUGGCUAAAGGUAAGAGAUAAACCAUAUGAUAGUCCAAAUAACCUAUCAAAGUUACUGUUAGAAAUUGAUUCAUUGCAGCAGUACCAGUACUAUAGUGCAGGCUUGCUCUCCACGUAUGACCCUUUCUAUGAACAACAGCGACACUUACUUGGACCCAAAAAGAAGAAGUUCAAAGAAGACAAGAAACUUAAAGGUAACGAUGCCAACAAGCAGAAAGCUUCAGCUCGAAACCUGUUUCUCACCAAUAGCCGCAAGCUUGCCCACCAGUGCAUGAAGGAGGUGCGAAGAGCUGCCUUGCAAGCCCAGAAAAACUGUAAGGAGACUUUGCCUCGUGCGCGACGCCUGACUAAGGAGAUGCUUCUGUACUGGAAGAAAUAUGAGAAGGUGGAGAAGGAACACCGCAAGCGUGCGGAGAAAGAAGCUUUGGAGCAGCGGAAAUUGGAUGAGGAAAUGCGGGAGGCCAAGAGGCAACAACGAAAACUCAACUUUCUAAUCACCCAAACAGAGUUGUAUGCCCAUUUUAUGAGCCGGAAACGAGAUAUGAAUUACGAUGGAAUCCAGGAAGAAAUCCUAAGGAAACUGGAAGACAGUUCUACUCAGAGACAGAUUGACAUUGGUGGAGGAGUGGUAGUUAACAUCACACAGGAGGAUUAUGACAGCAACCACUUUAAAGCCCAGGCCCUGAAGAAUGCUGAAAAUGCUUACCAUAUUCAUCAAGCUCGGACAAGAUCAUUCGAUGAAGAUGCAAAAGAAAGUCGAGCAGCUUCCCUGAGGGCAGCAAACAAGUCUGGUUCUGGAUUUGGGGAGAGUUACAGCCUAGCAAACCCAUCUAUCCGGGCUGGUGAAGAUAUUCCACAGCCCACGAUUUUUAAUGGGAAAUUAAAAGGUUACCAGCUGAAAGGCAUGAAUUGGUUGGCCAAUCUCUAUGAACAGGGCAUUAAUGGCAUUCUUGCAGAUGAAAUGGGCCUUGGUAAAACUGUACAGAGCAUUGCCCUUCUGGCCCAUCUGGCUGAGAGAGAGAACAUUUGGGGACCUUUCUUAAUAAUUUCACCUGCUUCUACACUUAACAAUUGGCACCAGGAGUUUACUAGAUUUGUUCCUAAAUUUAAGGUGCUACCUUAUUGGGGAAAUCCUCAUGAUAGAAAAGUCAUCAGGAGGUUCUGGAGUCAGAAGACCCUCUAUACUCAGGAUGCCCCUUUUCAUGUAGUUAUCACCAGCUAUCAGCUGGUGGUGCAGGAUGUGAAGUAUUUCCAGCGGGUCAAGUGGCAGUACAUGGUACUGGAUGAGGCUCAGGCGCUGAAGAGUAGUUCCAGUGUUCGUUGGAAGAUCCUCUUACAGUUCCAGUGUCGGAAUCGGCUUUUGCUAACUGGAACCCCUAUUCAGAACACCAUGGCAGAGCUCUGGGCUCUGCUACAUUUCAUUAUGCCGACAUUAUUUGAUUCCCAUGAAGAAUUUAAUGAAUGGUUUUCCAAGGACAUUGAAAGUCAUGCUGAAAACAAAUCGGCAAUUGAUGAGAAUCAACUAUCUCGCUUGCACAUGAUCUUGAAGCCAUUUAUGCUGAGGAGAAUUAAGAAAGAUGUAGAAAAUGAAUUGUCUGAUAAGAUUGAAAUUCUAAUGUACUGCCAACUGACCAGCCGACAAAAGCUAUUAUACCAGGCACUAAAGAACAAAAUUUCCAUUGAAGAUUUAUUGCAGUCUUCUAUGGGCUCUACCCAGCAAGCACAGAACACCACCAGCAGCCUCAUGAAUCUCGUCAUGCAGUUUAGGAAGGUGUGUAAUCACCCAGAGUUAUUUGAACGACAAGAAACUUGGUCUCCAUUUCAUAUUUCCCUAAAGCCAUAUGAGAUUUCAAAGUUUAUCUAUCGUCAUGGGCAGAUCAGGGUCUUCAACCAUUCAAGAGACAGGUGGUUAAGGAUUCUUCUUUCUCCAUUUGCACCAGAUUAUAUCCAACAGUCUCUCUUCCACAGAAAAGGUAUUAAUGAAGAAAGCUGUUUUUCUUUUCUUCGCUUUAUUGAUGUGUCUCCAGCAGAAAUGGCAAACCUCAUGCUUCAGGGACUUUUAGCCAGAUGGUUAGCUCUUUUCCUGUCUCUGAAAGCCUCCUACAGGCUCCAUCAGCUGCGCUCCUGGGGAGAGCCAGAAGGGGAGAGCCAGCACCGAUACCUGAGAAACAAGGAUUUCCUUCUUGGCGUUAACUUUCCACUUUCCUUUCCCAACCUUUGCAGCUGCCCUUUGUUAAAGUCUCUUGUUUUCAGUAGCCACUGCAAAGCAGUGAGUGGCUACUCAGACCAGCUCAUCCAUCAGCGGAGAUCGGCUACCUCCUCGCUUCGUUGCUGUCUGCCCACUGAGCUGCCAUCAUUUUUGUGUGUGGCCAGUCCACGUGUCACCGCAGUGCCAUUGGAUUCUUACUGCAAUGACCGAAGUGCAGAAUAUGAGAGGCGAGUUCUGAAGGAAGGCGGGAGUCUGGCAGCCAAGCAGUGUUUGUUGAAUGGGGCUCCUGAGCUGGCUGCAGACUGUCUGAAUCGAAGAUCUCAGUUCUUCCCAGAGCCUGCUGGGGGGCUGUGGAGCAUCCGGCCCCAGAACGGCUGGUCCUUCAUCAGGAUUCCAGGCAAGGAGAGCCUCAUCACUGACAGUGGAAAGCUGUAUGCCCUCGAUGUCCUGCUGACUCGGCUCAAGUCUCAAGGACAUAGGGUCCUUAUCUACUCCCAGAUGACCAGGAUGAUAGACCUACUGGAGGAAUACAUGGUUUACAGGAAGCACACCUACAUGCGACUCGAUGGCUCAUCCAAGAUCUCUGAGAGGCGGGACAUGGUUGCUGAUUUUCAGACCAGGAAUGACAUCUUUGUGUUUCUGUUAAGCACACGAGCCGGAGGACUGGGCAUCAAUCUCACGGCUGCAGAUACAGUGAUUUUCUAUGACAGCGACUGGAACCCCACUGUAGACCAGCAGGCCAUGGACAGGGCCCAUCGCCUGGGACAGACAAAGCAAGUUACCGUGUACCGGCUCAUCUGUAAAGGCACAAUUGAGGAGCGCAUUUUACAGAGAGCCAAGGAGAAGAGUGAGAUUCAGCGGAUGGUGAUUUCCGGUGGUAAUUUCAAACCAGAUACCUUGAAACCCAAAGAGGUGGUUAGUCUUCUUCUAGAUGACGAGGAGUUAGAAAAGAAACUGAGAUUGCGACAGGAAGAGAAACGGCAACAGGAAGAAACCAAUCGAGUGAAAGAACGCAAGCGCAAACGGGAAAAAUAUGCAGAGAAGAAGAAAAAGGAAGAUGAAUUAGAUGGGAAAAGGAGAAAAGAAGGUGUAAACCUGGUGAUCCCAUUUGUUCCUUCGGCGGAUAACUCCAACCUCUCUGCUGAUGGGGAUGACUCCUUCAUAAGCGUGGACUCAGCCAUGCCCAGCCCUUUCAGUGAGAUUUCCAUCAGCAGUGAGCUGCACACAGGCUCCAUCCCCCCUGAUGAGAGCAGCAGUGACAUGCUGGUCAUUGUGGAUGACCCCGCCUCCUCAGCCCCUCAGUCCCGAGCCACCAAUUCUCCUGCUUCCGUAACAGGCUCUGUCUCAGACACUGUGAAUGGAAUUUCUAUUCAGGAAAUGCCAGCUGCAGGACGUGGUCACUCAGCUCGAAGCCGAGGCCGCCCCAAAGGUUCAGGAAGCACAGCCAAAGGAGCGGGGAAAGGCCGAAGCCGGAAGUCCACGGCGGGUAGUGCUGCUGCGAUGGCAGGAGCCAAAGCAGGGGCUGCCGCAGCCUCCGCAGCUGCCUAUGCCGCAUAUGGGUACAACGUGUCUAAAGGAAUCUCUGCCAACAGUCCUCUGCAAACAUCCCUUGUCCGGCCUGCUGGCCUUGCUGACUUUGGACCUUCAAGCGCCUCAUCUCCCUUAAGUUCCCCUUUGAGCAAAGGGAAUAAUGUUCCUGGGACUCCCAAGAGCCUCCAUGUGACCAGCAGCCUAGCCUCAGACUCCCUGGUCCGGAAACCAGGCAAAGGCACCAACCCUUCUGGAGGACGGUAACCGUCUGGACCCUCCGCUUCCUUCAGCCAAACCAUGGGCGAGAGCCCUGGCCUGCACAUGGUCUUUGGAUGGCACGUCUGGCACAGCAUCUUAAAUCCUGAGUCAGAGAGCGGACAGGACCAGUGGCAGCAAGGGUAGGCAGGUGGAUGGUACGAGAAUUCUCAUCACCUGUUUCCAAAGGGAAGUGCCCUGGGGUUCAGCCCAACAGCGUCCCAGAUGGACUCUGUGGCCAAGUCUUAGCCCUCUCGCCAGGGAGGGCUGAUGUGGACCCCUUGAGAUGCUCAGGCGCGCCGUCUCACCCUGCUCCACCCUCUGCCCACGCCCCUUGUAAAGGUUGUGCAGGUGCUGUGGAGAACCCCUCGUCGUGGACGCUGCUCUUAAGGGUAAGAUUUCCCGUAGGGCCAGGAAAGGAAGAAAGGGUGUGCCUGGUGUUGGCCGUCUCUGGGCAGCUCCCCAGGUCUCCAGAUGGCAUGUGCAGCGGUGUCCUCAUUGAAGGUAGAACAGUGGGUGCCAGAGAAGGUGGUGGCUUGUAGGGAUGGCAGAGGGCACCAGGCAGGUGUUUUCCCAGCGUUUCCUCCCUGUCCAGCAUGGUUCACACCAGGGAGCCUUCAGGUCCUACCAGCAGCAGUAGCAGCAGCUCCCACCCAAGGGACUCCCAGAAGCCAGUACGAGACCAGGAGCCACCUCAAUCAGCAGGACAUUCUCACUGCCCCUCUUACAGACGCCCCUUCGCCCAUCUUGAACGCACAGUCUCCCCGCCCUUGCCCUUCGGCCCCCUGCUUGGCUGUAUGCACGGUCUUUGUUGCACUGAGAAAGGAAGGGAUGGCAGGAAUGAGGUGAAGAGGGUGUCAAGAGGGCAGCCCCAGCAGCCUGAGCUGCUGCCCUCCGAGGGGGGCAGCGGGUGGCGUUGAGAGGAGGCACUCCACCGGGCUUCACUCGUGGAGCAGGUGCUUCUCGGCGGGCCAGCCUCUAAUUUGCACACCUGAAAAUCGCGGAAUUGAGUUUAGAUAGAUUGAUUUUUAAAUUUUUUUGGAGUAAGGGUUAUAGGGGGAUCAUUUUAAUUUAAAUCAUUAAGAUUCCCCUCCCUAAAUCCAGACUCCUAUGUACAGAUGCUAUUUAGAGGGAAUCAGAAAAAUGCCAAGCCUUUUUUCUCUUUGAAUGUGCUGUCUAUUUUUAUAACUGAACUUGUACAUAUGUAUAAAGAGAGACACAUCUUUCUUUUACUAACUGGAUAAAAAAAUCUUAAAUAAAAUGGAGUGAGAUAAUUUUAUG